AUGGGUAACUCAAACAGUGUGAUCGCUCCUGAUUCAUCUACUGAUGAUGUUGAGGCAGAUCAGGUGGCACCUGAUAAGUCAUCGUCAUCAUCAUCAUCAUCACAUUCUACAACGAGGAAUAAGUACAAAGUACAGGUAGUUGAUUUGGAUGGAAGACUACACGUUGACUUUAAGAAUAGGAACUUGAAGAAGUUAAAGUUGGAGAUAUUCCAUGGUCUGCUCGGUAGUGUGGAGAUCGUCCGACCAGACUCACUGAACAACAGUGAUUAUCUAAAGAAUAGGAAUACGAAUGAUCAUGUAGUAUACAAGUCUGCAACACAAUCACAGUUGACACAAUCACAACAAUCACAGACACAAACACAACAGACACAGAUGACACAAUCACAAACACAACAGACACAACAGACACCACUGAUACAAGUACAACAAAUACAAGAACAACAACAACAACAGCAACAGAUUGCUGUUGCCAGUCAAUCGGCUAUUGCCAACUCUAUCGCGACUACUACGCCCCCACCCACACCCCCACCCUCGACAAAGCCAUCGGGCUCAAAGAAGGGAUGGUCGGCCGCCUCGCCCAGCCCCACAUCUCACACGGUGUCCAAGAGCUUCAUCGAGCUGAAUCCAAAGUCCAGCAGCGAGCAGGCCACCGCCAAGCGACCACCAUCAAACUCGUCGCCACCAGUCGUCUCGCUCGACCAGGAGCCAGAGCGCGUGAACAACUCAUUCGUCAACUCGUCGCCGUCCAGCUCACCGUCCAGCUCGCCCUCUAAGAAGUACCGUCUGCACUCACAGUUCAACCCCGACCUUGAGAUCGAGUCGCUGGCCGAGAUCAUUGCCAAUGAGGACAAGAAGACUGUCAGCGUGUCGUCCGAGCCCAUCUCCGAGUCGCCCACGUCAUCAUCCUCGCCUUCUCCACUCAUUAGCUCUUCGCCUAGCCAACAAACAUCCACUCUGACGGCCUCAUCAACAUCAACAUCAACAACACCACCACUGACGGCCAGCGGUGGUGCGUCCAGCAACAGCAAAGAAAGCGGUAAAGACAAAGAAAAAGACAGCGAGAACAAGUCAUUUUACAAGACGAUCAAGAAGACGAUUGGCAAGCCAACCUCGAGACAUGGCACACCCAAGCAGAUAGUGCCGCCCGUCCAGCUGCAGACGGUGGAUGGUCGCAAGAUUGUGUUGCACUCGCUCGACCUCAGUCUCAAUCGUUUGGAGUUUAUCAAGAAUGAGAUAUUCGACAUCCUGGCCGAGAUGAGUCUGGUCGAGAUCUCAUUCUCCUCCAACUUCUUCACCAUCGUGCCACCCUUCAUCGAGGUUGUCAAGACCCUGACAACCAUCAACUUUAGUCGCAACAGGAUCAGCAAGUUCCCCAUCGAUGUCCUCUCACAUCUUCCACUUCUGACGCAUAUCUCAAUGGACAAGAAUAGCAUCACGUCCAUACCAGAGGACAUUGAUAGGAUAAAGAACUUGAAGUACAUCUCGAUGAAGUACAAUCAUAUUGACUCUUUGCCAAACAGCUUCUGUAACCUUACUCAAUUGGUGACGAUCGACUUUACUCACAACAAGCUGAAAUCACUGCCGGCUAACUUUGAUCAGCUCGUCAAUCUAAAGUUCGUGUGGAUCGGCCUCAACCACAUCCAGACGCUGCCAACGAUGCGCUCGCUGGUCAACCUGCACCACAUCGACGUGUCCUCCAACAAGCUCAACUCAAUCUCUGCCGACCUGGCCCUGCUGGCGCCCAAGGGAUUCAAACCCGGCCGCAACGUCGAGGUGCCACUGGUCGAGGGUGGCGGUCUGGGCUGUCUGAAGGAGAUCAACAUCAGGGACAACAGGGACCUGUUGUCGAUACCCGCUGAGUUCAAGCUGGUCGAGUCCGUUCUGACCAUGUUCACCAGUUUGCCCACAGAGAUCAUCCCCAACGUGUUCCUUGGCGGUCUGGACAGCGCAAAUAACGCGUCCAUCCUGCAGCAGCUUGGAAUCACCCACGUCGUGCUGGCCAUUGGUGACCUGGCGCCAUACUUCCCUCGCAGCUUCAAAUACUACACGAUCGACGAUGCUCGUGACACUCCCAACUACGACCUCUCCGUCCACUUUGAACAGACCACCGCCUUUAUCGAGCAAGGUCGCAAGGUUGGCGGUGUACUAGUUCACUGUCGCGCUGGAAUCUCACGUAGCUCAACCCUAAUCAUUGCCUACCUGAUGAAGUACCAUCAGCUAACCUACAGGAAUGCAUUUAACUUUGUACAAGCAAAGAGAACACAGAUUAUGCCCAAUGUAGGAUUCAAGGAGCAGUUGUUAAAGUAUGAAAGCAAGUUGGACAUCAACAAUAAAUGCCAGCAGCAGUCCUGA